AUGGCUGCAGGCUUUGUAUCUUCCAUCAUCAAGUGGACAGCCGAAAAAUUUUCUUCUUUGAUUCCUGCACAGACGGCCGGUUGUUCAACAUCCGAACCUUGCACUCGCGCCAGUGAAGACUUCGAGAUGCUGCAGAAGACGAUGCUGUCGAUCCAAGAAGUGCUCGAGAACACGGAAGAGAAGGACAUGCAGAGUUUCUCCGAAAAACUCCGCCUAAAGGAGCUGAGUGGAGCCGCUCGCGACGCCGAAGACGUGCUCGAAGAGUAUGAGUACGAAGUGCUGCAAGCAAAAGUCAUAGCUCGGAGACAAGCAGGCAGUGGCCGAAAGCGCAAGUUCGAGGAGGUAUGUGAAACCGGCACUGAUGAUAUUCCUGUACUAGUUCCCGUUCCGAAUGAUUUAAUAAUUAGAAUGAAGGAAAUCAAGAAGAGGUUUGAGACGAUCACGAAGGAAUGGGACACUCUCCGUCUGAGAGAAAGCGACGGGCCUCGGCGGCGUGAUGAUCACGCAUGGACGCCAAAGCCAACUAGCUCCCUUCUACAUGAGCCUAAUGUUCAUGGGAGGGAGAAAGAUAAGGAGCAUAUAAUACAAAUGCUUCUCGCAGACCAUGAGAAUAGCAGGAAUUCGGUUUCCGUCUUACCUAUAGUUGGAAUGGGGGGGAUCGGUAAGACUACGCUCGCACAGCUUGUGUACAACGAUCCUAGAGUGUCUCAUCGCUUUCGACAAAAGGGGUGGGUCUGUGUAUCCGAAAAUUUUGAUGUGCUAGAGUUAGCAAGAAAGAUUUACACCUCGAUCACUAAAAGAAGUUGCUACUACACUGAACUAAACGAGAUUGUGGAUGCUCUUAGGGAAGAAUUGAUGGGCAAGAGGUUCUUACUAGUGCUCGAUGAUGUCUGGAAUGACAACCCGAAUCUCUGGACUCCGCUGAGAGACUUCCUCUUUGCUCUAGAACCCGGUAAAGUUAUAGUAACUACUCGGAAUGAAUCGACAGCUAAGAUCAUGCAGACGGUGCCUCCUCAUAGGUUAGACCGCUUGGGCUUUGAGGAUUGUUGGUUGAUCUUUCUGCAACAAGCCUUUGAGGGUCGAGAUCCAACUGCACUUCCGGAAUUGGUAGAAAUCGGUAAAAAGAUUGUCGUGAAGUGUAAGGGAUUGCCUUUGGCUGUCAAGGUACUUGGUGGCCUCCUUCGUUUCGAAAGUGAUGAUUGGAAAUGGACCGAUAUAUUGGAUAGUGAGUUAUGGGAAUUGGAUGAAGAGGAGGAUCAGAUCCUGCCAGCACUGAGAUUGAGCUACGAUCGCAUGCCGCCAGCUUUGAAGCAAUGCUUUAUGUACUUCUCCUUGUUUCCAAAAGACUAUGAUUUCUAUAAGAAUAAUAUGGUCAGGCUGUUGAUGUCGCAAGGACUUUUCAGAUCUGACGGAACAGAGCGAGAAGAGGACAUCGGCAGAGCAUUUCUUGACGACUUGUUACAAAGGUCGAUUCUCGAGUAUGAUCCUAACUAUGAGAGUAAAGAAUUACUGAAAAUGCAUGAUCUCGUCCACGAUCUUGCACAAUCUGUUGUAGGGGAAGAAUUCAUUAGAGUAGACUAUGGCGAGCUACGCGACCUCCCCGGAGAAGUUAGACAUUUAUCAUUGGUUUGGAGCAACUCCAUCUCUAACUUGAAUCUCCUGCCAUUAAAGAAAUUGAAAUCUCUUCGGACGUUCUUAAUUAUAAUAAGAGAUGAUAUUUUCAUGCACCCAGAAGUUCAUGUUGAUGUACUGAAUGAUCUCUUCAGGAACUUGAAAAGACUACGAGCUUUAAAUUUGAGAUGGACAAGAAUUGGAGCAUUGCCCGAGUCAAUCGGGAACUUGAAACUUCUACGCUACCUUGACAUUGGGCAUACUGAUGUUAAAAGGCUUCCAGAAUCGAUAUUUGGUCUCUACAAUCUACAGACAUUAGGUAUUAAAUAUGAUGCCUUGGCGGAGUCACCUGAAGCCAUAAAGGAGUUGGUCAACUUGCGACAUCUUCUUCUAAAGGAAGGUACACAUCCAAAGUACCUCCCAUCUGGUAUCAGACAUCUAACAAAGUUGCAGACAUUAAAAUCAAUUCAUCUUGGAAGGGAGUCUAGGCACUUUAAGAUACAAGAUCUUAAGAACUUGGCUCACCUCAAAGGAAGUCUCCUGAUUCUAAAUCUUAAGAAUGUCACCAGUGUUGAGGAUGCUGAAGAGGCAAAUUUGAAGAGCAAGAAAGAUCUCAAACUCUUGGAUUUAUCGUGGAAAUGCAGUGACAUCCUGUACUGUAAUGCAAGCCAUGGGCGAAGUUCUGGAGAGUCGUCGAACGUUCCUUCAGAAGCCACUAGUUCAUUGUUAACUGCUGAUUGGUUUGAGGAGCGGGUACUUGCGAGCCUUGAGCCACAUACUAACCUCGAAGAGUUCAUUGUAAGUUAUUACAGUGGUAUUAGAUUCCCGCGAUGGGUUGGCGAUGCUUCCUUCACUAAGUUGGUCAAAAUAAUACUAAUGAAUUGCCAGAAAUGUAUAUUGCUGCCGCCACUGGGUCAACUGCCGUCUCUGAGGUAUUUAAGUAUGUCUAAUAUUGAAAGCUUGCAACAUAUCGGGUGCGAGUUUUAUGGCAACGGUGCUACAGCCAAGGGGUUCCCAUCACUUGAGACCGCGGUAAUCUCAUGCAUGGACAAUUGGGUGGAGUGGGGAGGUGGCGGAGAUGGUGACUUUCCUCAUCUCCGAGAACUUAAUAUUGCUGAUUGCCCUAAACUGCGGAGGCUUCCGCAACAUCUUUAUUCCUCACUGACCCAAUUAGUUUUGUGCAAUUGCGAGAAACUUGAUGAACUUCCCAUGCUCCCUUCACUGACUCAUUUAACUCUGCGAGGGGACUUUGAUGAAAAGAUUCUCUCUUCCUUGUGUCUCCAUUUCCUUCAUUCUUUAGAAAUUACGGGCCUCAAGAAUCUUCCUGUUGAAUUUCGGAACCUGUACUCCCUCAAGAAAUUAUGUAUUUCUCAAUGUUACGAAUUGGAAAAAGUGGUGAGUCUUUCCGAACUCCCUUCUCUCGAGGAAUUAUUAAUAUGGAGUUCUCCCCAAGUGCAGUUCCGACUUCAUUCAUCUGAAGAUAUCAUAACCGGAAAUUGCCCUUCGCUGCAAGAGUGGUGCAGAAGACGCGAUAUCGACUUGACUUAUUCAGGGGAUGGCACGGACCGUCGAUUUGCGCCCUUUGCUACAAGAAUGGAGAAAGUCUGGCACACAUCCUUUUCACCUGCAGGUUACGCGACGACUGUGUGGGCUCAUCUUCUACAAGCUUUUCCGACCACUCAACAAUCGAUGACUACACUCCCAGGAGAUUUACCAGCUAGAUGGAUUAAGGCUAGGCUAACUGAGCUUGAUGGGCAGGAGCAUGGCCAGGAGCAUGGAAUUAUAGGAAGCCAACUUUGCCCUUCUUUUAUUUCCUUCGUUUAUUACGGGCUGGUGAAAGAAGAAGAAGAAGGAAAGAGACCACUAAUGGCUGCAGGCUUUGUAUCUUCCAUCAUCAAGUGGACGGUCGAAAAAUUUUCUUCUUUGACCCCUCCACAGAGUACUGCCGGCUGUUCAACAUCCGAACCUCAUGCUCGCGCCAUCGAAGACUUCGAGGUGCUGCAGAAGACAAUGCAGUCGAUCCAAGAUGCGGUCGACAACACAGACGAGAAGGACGUGCGGAGUUUCUCUGAAAAGCUCCGUCUGAAGGAGCUGAGCGGAGCCGCUCGCGACGCGGAAGACGUGUUCGAGGAGUAUGAGUACGAAGUGCUGCGGGCAAAAGCCGAAGCUCGGAGUCGGAGACAAGUAGGCAUCGGCCAGAAGCGCAAGCUCGAGGAGGUAUGUGAAACCAGCACUGAUGAUAUUCCUGCACUAGUUCCCGUUCCGAAUGAUUUAAUAAUUAGAAUGAAAGAAAUCAAGAAGAGGUUUGACACGAUCACGAAGGAAUGGGACGCUCUCUGUCUGAGAGAGAGCGACGGGCCGCGGCGGCGUAAUGAUCAUGCGUGGACGCCGAAGCCAACUAGCUCACUUGUGCAUGAGCCUAGUGUUCACGGCAGGGAGGAUGAUAAGGAGAAUAUAAUACAAAUGCUUCUCGAAGACGAUGAGAACAGCAGGAACUCGGUUUCGGUCUUGCCUAUAGUUGGAAUGGGGGGGAUCGGUAAGACUACUCUCGCACAGCUUGUGUAUAAUGAUCCUAGAGUGUGUCAUCGCUUCCGACAAAAGGGAUGGGUCUGCGUAUCUGAAAAUUUUGAUGUGCUGGAGUUAACAAGAAAGAUCUUCACCUCGAUCACUAAAAGAAGUUGCAGCUACGCCGAACUAAAUGAGAUUACGGAUGCUUUUAGGGAAGAAUUGAUGGGUAAGAGGUUCUUACUUGUGCUCGAUGAUGUCUGGAAUGACAACCCCGAUCUCUGGACUCCCCUGAGAGACCUGCUCUUUGCUCUAGAACCCGGGAAAGUUAUAGUAACUACCCGGAACGAGUCGACAGCUACGAUCAUGCAGACAAUGCCACUUUAUAGGUUAGACCGCUUGGGCUUUGAUGAUUGUUGGUUCAUCUUUGUACAACAAGCCUUUGAAGGUCGAGAUCCAAAUGCACUUCCGGAAUUGGUAGAAAUCGGUAAAAAGAUUGUCGUGAAGUGUAAGGGAUUGCCUUUGGCUGUCAAGGUACUUGGCGGCCUCCUUCGCUUCGAAAGUGAUGAGUGGAAAUGGAUUGAUAUUUUGGACAGCGAGUUAUGGGAAUUGGAUGAAGAGGAGGAUCAGAUCCUACCAGCGCUGAGAUUGAGCUACGAUCGCAUGCCACCAGCUUUGAAGCAGUGCUUUAUGUACUUCUCAUUGUUUCCGAAAGACUAUCAAUUCUAUAAAGAUGAUAUAAUCAGGCUGUUGAUGUCGCAAGGACUUUUCAGAUUCAAAGGAAAAGAGCUAGAAGAGGACAUUGGCAGAGGAUUUCUUGAUGACUUGUUACAAAGGUCGAUUCUCGAGUAUGAUCCUAACAAUGAGAAUAAAGAAAUACUGAAAAUGCAUGAUCUCGUGCAUGAUCUUGCACAAUCUGUAGGAGGGGAAGAAUUCGUUAGAGUAGACGAUGGCGAGCUAUGCAACCUCCCCGGAGAAGUUAGACAUUUAUCAUUGGUUUGGAGCAACUCCAUCUCUAACUUGAAUCUUCUGCCAUUAAAAAAAUUAAAAGCUCUACGGACGUUCGUAUUUAUCAUAAGGGAUGGUAUUCUCAUACACCCAGAAGUUCGUGUUGAUGUACUGAAUGAUCUCUUUCGAAACUUGAAAAGACUACGGGCUUUAGAUUUGAGAUGGACAAGAAUUGGAGCAUUGCCCGAGUCAAUCGGGAACUUGAAACUUCUGCGCUACCUUGACAUUGGACAUACUGAGGUUAAGAGGCUUCCAGAAUCGAUAUUUGGUCUCUACAAUCUACAGGCAUUAGGGAUUAAAUAUGAUGCCUUGGCGGAGUCAUCAGAAGCUAUAAAGGAGUUGGUCAACUUGCGACAUCUUCUAUUUGAUGGUAAUGAAUAUGCAAACUACCUCCCAUCAGGUAUAAGACAUCUGACAAACUUGCAGACAUUGAUGACUAUUCCUAUAGGAAGAGAUCCUAGGCACUUUAGGAUACAAAAUCUAAAGAACUUGUCCCACUUGAAAGAAGUGCGGAUUUUAAAUCUCAAAGAUAUUGAUAGUGUUGAGGAUGCUCAAGAGGCUAAUUUGAAGAGCAAGAAAGAUCUCACAAUCUUGAGAUUGUCAUGGAAAUGCAGUUACAUCCUCUACUGUAAUACAAGCCGUGGGCAAAGUUCUGGAGACCCUUCGAAGAUCCCUUCAAAAGCCACUAGAUCAUUGGUACCUGUUGAGUGGUUUGAGGAACGGAUACUUGCCAGCCUUGAGCCACAUACCAACAUCGGAGAAUUGAUGAUAUAUUAUUACGGAGGUAUUCGAUUCCCCCUGUGGUUUGGCGAUGUUUCCUUCUCCAAGUUGGUCAAAAUGACACUAAUGAAUUGCCAGAAAUGUAUAUUGCUCCCGUCGCUGGGUCAACUGCCUUCUCUGAGGUACUUAGAUAUGUCUUAUAUUGAAAGCCUGCAACAUAUUGGAUGGGAGUUUUAUGGUUGUAGUUCUGAAGUAAAGGGGUUCCGGUCACUGGAGACCUUGCUAAUCUCAUGGAUGGACAAUUGGGUGGACUGGGGUGGUGGUGAAUGUGGCGACUUUCCUCGGCUCCAGCAACUUAAUAUUGCAGAAUGCCCUAGGAUACAGAGGCUUCCGCAACAUCUUUAUUCCUCAUUGACCCGAUUAGUUUUGUGCAAUUGCGAAAAACUUGAUGAACUUCCUUUGCUCCCUUCACUGACUCAUUUAACUCUGCGAGGUAAGUUUGAUGAAAAGAUAUUCUCUUCUUUGCAUCUCCAUUUGCUUCGUUUUUUAGAAAUUACGGGCCUCAAGACUCUUCCUGUUGAAUUUCGAAAAAUGUACUCCCUCCAAAAAUUAUGUAUUUCUCAAUGUUACGAAUUGGAAACGGUGGUGAGUUUUUUCGAACUUCCUUCUCUUGAGGAAUUGUCAGUAUGGAGUUCUCCUCAAGUACUGUUUCGACUUCAUCUGUCUGAAGAUGUCAUAACCGGAAAUUGCCCUUUGCUUCAAGAGUGGUGCAGAAGACAUGACAUCGACCUGACAUAUUCAGGUUAACUUGGCAAGAAAGAAUCUUCCAAUGGUAAAGCAACAGCAUAGUCGCACUUCACUGAAUAUUGAGUAGAUUAAACAAUGCCUUGCAAUAUGUAUUGUCGGUAAGAGGAUUAAUCUGAGUUUUACGGCUGAUUUCAGUCACUUCACACUUCUGGUUUUGAUCAAAUCAGAAUGUGUAGAAGAGGAUAAACUGAAGGGGCUGAUUUUGCAAUUUGAGUGAUUGUUGUAUUGAGUGAUCAUCCUUUCUUUUUAUGUUUUUUCCUAUAUUUUCUAACUUUGUAAUCUUUUCUUCAUGGCUGCUGAACUGAACAUGAAUUGAGUUUGGUAUAAGAUAAAAUUAUAUUUUUACCGCUGA